AAAUUUUAGUAGCUCCCUGAACAACAAAAUGAACAAAGCUCGAUCCGCGUUCGCCGCCGCCCUUCUUCUGCUGGCCAUCUGCGCCGCGAAUGGUGACCUGGAAGGCCGCAUUGUGGGUGGCGUGGACACCUCCAAUUACUUUGCCAAAUAUGUGGUACAGCUGCGCAGACGCAGCUCCACCAGCAGCGCCUAUGCGCAGACCUGCGGCGGAAGCGUUCUGGACAGUCGGACGAUUGUGACCGCUGCCCAUUGCGUAUACAACCGACAGGCGGAGAACUUCCUGGUGGUGGCCGGGACCGAUAACCGGGCUGGAAUGGAUGGCGUGGUGGUGCGCGUGGAGCAGCUGAUCCCUCACGAGAGCUACAAUGCCACCACAACGGAUAACGACAUCGCUCUGGUGAUCGUCUCGCCACCGCUGCCCCUGACGGACGCCAGCAGCAUUGGAGCAAUUGAGGCAGCCACAGAGCAGCCGCCAGUGGGCGCAGUGGCCACUGUCAGCGGAUGGGGCUACACCCAGGAGAGCGGAUUGUCCUCCAAUAAGCUGCAGCAGGUCCAGGUACCGCUCGUGGACAGCGUCCAGUGCCAGGAUACUUACUACUGGCGACCCAUCAGCGAGGCCAUGCUCUGUGCAGGACUGCCAGAGGGUGGCAAGGAUGCCUGCCAGGGCGACUCCGGCGGACCGCUGGUCGUCAACAAUCAGCUCGUCGGCAUCGUGUCCUGGGGCGAGGGCUGUGCCCGUCCCAAUACUCCCGGUGUCUAUGCGAAUGUGGCCCAUUUCAAGAACUGGAUCGCCCAGCAACGGGCCACUUAUGCAUAUGUUAUAGACGCCCAUAAAGCGUAUCGCCCGGAGUAUUACUCUACAAGUGCUAAAGGUAUCCAGAAUAAAAUUUAUGGUACGAAUAUAGUUGACCGACUGCUUGAUAAGCCUUACAAUAGUCGGUACCGCCGCUGGGACUAUCAGUCCUCGAUUCUCCGCCAACUGUCGAACAUGUCGCGCUCAUUGCUGUCCAGCCUUUGUGCCCUGCUCUGUCUAGUGGCAGUGGCCAGGUCUUUGCCCGUGCAGGAGGAUGAGGCGACCAGCCAGGGCCCACGGAUUGUGGGCGGCUACGUGACGGAUGUGUCCCAGACCCCCUACCAGAUCUCGCUGCGGUACAAGGGGAUUACGACGCCAACGAAUCCCUUCCGCCACAGGUGCGGAGGCUCCAUCAUCAGCAGUACGAUGGUCGUGACGGCGGCCCACUGCAUCAUUGGCACGGUGGCCAGUCAGUUCAAGGUGGUGGCCGGGACCAACCUGCUCAGCGGCACCGACGGCAUCAUCGUCUCCGUGUCGAAGAUCAUCAUGCACGAAGAGUACUUCUCUGGAGCUGCCUAUAACAACGAUAUUGCCUUGCUGAUUGUGGAUCCACCGCUGCCGAUCAACAACUUCACCAUCAAGGCCAUCGAGUUGGCCUCGGAGCCCCCGCUGGCCGGUACCGUCAGCAAGAUCAGCGGUUGGGGAACCACUUCCUCGGGCGGCGUUGCCUCCAACGUACUGCUCGCCGUCGAUGUCCCAAUCGUGAGCAACGAGGACUGCAACAAGGACUACGAAGACUUUGGCGAUGAUACCUACCAGAUCACACCAGCCAUGCUGUGCGCUGGCGUACGUGGAGUGGGUGGCAAGGAUGCCUGCCAGGGCGACUCCGGCGGCCCGCUGGUCGUCCGCGAUCAGCUCCAUGGCGUUGUUUCCUGGGGCAACGCCUGUGCCCUGGCCAACUAUCCCGGUGUCUACGCCAGUGUGUCGAACCUGAGGACCUGGCUUGAUUCCAAGAUAGCGGAAGAAGCAAAUCUCAUGAAGCUAUCUCGAGCACCUCCCAUUAAGAUAAUCGAUAUGCCGCCGCCGCCUGGAAAAGUGCAAAUUCGCGCUCCGCCCAAUCAUAAUUUACAAUCAGUUCGAUUCGAACCAGUUGCCUGUGCAAAUCGACCGCCAGUCCACAUCCGCAGCGGAACAAUGAGCAUCCGAGAGCUUCAGAUGAUGGGGCCGCUCCUGCUGCUGCUGCUGCUGGCAGCAGCGGGCUCCUCCGCCUCCGCCUCCGCAACCGCCUCGGCCUUGGCCCAGCCGGAAGCGCGAAUCAUCAACGGCACCACAGUGGACAUUGGACGGCAUCCAUACCUGGUCUCCUUGCGGUAUCGUCGCAACGAGACGUCCAGCUACAUGCACGAGUGUGGCGCAGUGAUAUACUCCGAGCAGGCCGUGGUCACCACUGCCCAGUGCUUGUGGAACCUGCCGGAGGGCACCAAAGUACUGGCCGUGGCCGCCGCAAACACCCGCAAUGGCAGCGACGGACUUGUGGUCCCAGUCUCCAACUGGACGCUUCACCCCAGCUUCGACUACAUCACCGUCGACUACGACAUCGCGGUUUUGAUCCUGGAUUCGCCCUUGAAUCUAACCCGCUUCGGCGUUCGCUCCAUAGGCAUUCGACCGCAGCGUCCGGCCGUGGGGCGGCUGGCCACAAUCGCCGGCUGGGGCUAUCGCGAAGAGGGGGGCCCCUCCAGCUACCGGCUGGAGCAGGCUCAAGUGCCCAUCGUCAGCUCGGAGCAGUGCAACCAGAUCUACGGCACUGGUGAAGUCACCGAUCGAAUGGUCUGCGCGGGAAAUGUUACUCUAGGUGGUAUUGACGCCUGCCAAGGCGACACCGGCGGUCCACUGGUCAUCGACGACCAGCUGGUCGGCCUCGUGUCCUGGGGACGCGGCUGUGCCCGUCCUGGCUAUCCCUCAGUCUAUACCUACGUGGGCAGCCUAAAGAGUUGGAUCGAUGAAACCCUGGCGACCGGUGGGGCGCAGUAAACAAAGGAAUUUUCUAGUUAUCCGCUGAUUGCUGGCCGCAAUCGACGUUAUCUUCAAGUGGCUACUGCCCACUAUCGGCCCAGCUAGAGCUACCAAUGUACACGGCUAAUUCAAUAAUAAAACUGUAAUAAAACUAACAAAAUAAUUAGGAACCG